GCUAAAUAUUUCUUUUGACAGAUUGUUGUUGUUUGUGGCAUUUUUUGGGAAAACAUCUUAUAUCGAGCUAUGGGAGGCUGCCGCUGUUCAUAUAAAAAUUGUCAGAAUUCGACAAAAUCAAGUGAGAACCUGCACUUUUUUCACUACCCUGUGAGGCAUAAAGAAAGAUGCAAAUUAUGGAUAGAAAUGGCGAACAAACCGCAGUUUUGCGAUCUCGAGGAGGAUCAGUUGAGAAACAAAGUCAUUUGUGAACAGCACUUUGAAGAUAAGUAUUUUCCUAAUCCUUUGAAGAAAAGAUUAUUACAGGGAGCUGUGCCCUCAUUGGAUGGUGAUAGUUUAGAACCCCCCGUGGAGAUACCUUUAACAGAAGAUGUACAUAUAAUGCCGGCUAAUGAUGAUGGUACAAUAUUCAUGGUUAAAACUGAGAAUACUUUUAAGAGAAGAAGAGCUCAAGAAUGUGAAUCUUAUGUCUACAAGAAUGGUUUAAUAUUACCCUCGAGAGGUAAAAGGGCUGAAAUAAAGAAAGAGAUAAAGAUGGAGAAUGAUGGGGCUUUACAUCGUGUCCUUGACAACAAAGAAAUGCAAGUUGUUACUGGAAUGACCAUAAAUGCAACUAAAAGAACCACAAAUCCAGUAUCGAUAACCUCUAUGAAACCCAAGAAGGUUUUGAAUCGGUUAUUAGAACCCAUUGUGCACCCGAAUUUCAGGAACCCCCAAAUAAUGCGAGAUGAGUUGUCAAUUGAAGAUGACAAGCCCAACAUUGAGCAUGUGGAAAUUCAAGACCUGCAAGAAGACAUUUCAAUUGUACCUGCCACACCAAAACAAAAUCUGAACGGAAGUACAUCAGCCAAAAAACCUGAAGCAGUACCAGUAAACAAAAACUAUUUGCGCAAAAUCAAGCAGCACAGCCGCGAAAUCGCAACGAUUAAAAAAAUGCUGCAGGAAAAAACCAAACUGGACAUGGGCAAAAUUCUGGAGGCUCUAAAAGAGAGCGUACCUCCAACCCUAUACACCAUUGUUGAAUUAAAUAUGAAAUUGCAAUGUGAUUUAACUAUGAAUGACUUGCAAUUUUUUGGGGACAUUCAUAAACACUCCCCCCAGGUGUAUGAUUUGUUAAUCAACAAAUACGACUGGAAAUUACCAGACAUGGAGAAAUAUAACUCUGAAAAUAGCAUGUAAAUUGUAUAGAAUUUAAAUUAUUUGUCAUUUGUGCUAAGUUGAAAGGUCCUAUCUACAAUAUUUAGUAAUAAAGGACAAAAUAUCAUUUUUAUUUGCCCUUUAUUUAUUACUUAAUAUUGUAAAUAGAACCUUUGAGCUUAGCAUGGCAGAAUAUUAUUUUAUUGUAUUUUUUGAUCAAGUUUUGUAAUUUUGUAUAUUAAUU